UAGCUUUAAGUUUUGCGACAUGUCGUAAAAUCCCACUGUCGGAAAUAAUCACGUGGAGACACCAUGGAUGUUUCAGAGUUUGCUGUAGAUUAUUCUACUUUAGUGAAGUGUGUUUCUUAAUUGUGAACAGUUGUUGAUACAUUUCUGUUUGAUCUGCGCUGUGGAGAAACAGGAAACUCUGUUCGGAGAGUAGGCGACACCUCGGAGCUCAGCGGACAGCUCAUACCACAGCAGCUCUGAGUCUGUGUGUGUUUAUGAGUGUGUGUUUCUAAGUGAGUACCUGCUCACAGCCGGCAUCAUGUUUGUGCUGGUGGAGAUGGUCGACACUGUCAGGAUCCCUCCGUGGAACUUCCAGAGACAACUGAACGAGGCUAUAGCCGAGGAGCUCAACAAGAAACUGGCCAACAAGGUGGUGUAUAAUGUCGGCCUGUGCAUCUGCCUGUAUGACAUCACUAAACUGGAGGAUUCCUAUAUAUUCCCAGGAGACGGAGCCUCACACACCAAAGUUCAUUUCAGGUACGUUGUUUUUCACCCUUUUCUUGAUGAGAUUCUGCUCGGCAAGAUCAAGUACUGCAGUCAAGAGGGCGUUCAUGUGACCAUGGGUUUCUUUGAUGACAUCCUCAUCCCACCAGAGUCUCUUCAGCAGCCUGCAAAAUUCGAUGAAGCAGAGCAGGUUUGGCUCUGGGAGUACGAGACAGACGAGGGGGCUCAUGACCUCUACAUGGACCAAGGAGAGGAGAUCCGCUUUCGGGUGACAGACGAAGUCUUUGUGGACACGUCGCCAACGGGUCCGGCCGCUGCAACCACAGACACGCCAGCACAACCGGGACAGUCUGCAGCGCCACCGGCAGAGGAGAGCGUGGAGAAGAAAGAGGCGCCGUACACGCUGAUUGGGACCAUCUGUGACCCGGGGCUGGGGCUGCUGUCAUGGUGGAACAGUUAGCGCCGAGGAGGAGGAGGAAGAGGAAGAGUUUAACACUUGGUGGUUAUCAACCACUGGCCCUGAUCAUGCCUGAUCGGAGAGACGAGGGACGGUCGGCCAGAGACACAGAACCCAUGAGUUUGGGUGCUGAAAUAAAGACUCGAGUCAAGCUGCUGUCUGAACCAAGAUACUGUCAGUGCAAAGUGACUGAUGUCACGUGACACUGAUUGUGUUGUAAAUACUGCCCAUAACAUACCAGCUUCAUGUAAAAUUGACCAAAUGUUUAAAAACAGAAUCUUUUGAUGGACACUUAUAUUCAUUUGGCUAAUUUACAUGAGACAUCGAAUUUUGAGGUUUGAAGUGAGAGAACUUGAGGACAAUUUAUAACACUUUUGUAUCAUCAAGAUCCAUAUAAAGGCAAGGCACCAAUCAAAAAGUGAUUUCAGUUGGAUUACAUUUCUCAUUAAUUAAUAAAAGUAAAUAUUUAAGUAAAAAAUAAUCGUAUCUAUAUUUACCAUUUUCUUUGUAAUUUGAUUGUCCCAUGGGUUUCCUAUCCUCGGUUUAUUUAACAGCCUUUUAAUAUUUUGUAUUCCUAUUUUGUCUCAGUAAAAGGGCGUAUCAUCAGCGUGAGUGGUUGUGAUUUUGUGUGAUUAUAGGAAGUAUAUCAGAACGGAUUAGCAGCCAGGCUUAAAAUCCUACAGUUUGAAGGGCAGUGAAGGCCACAGUCCUGUUGGUUUAUAACAGAUCUGCUCUCUGCUAAGGUUGUCACCAGACCACAAUUUUACACUUCGAUACAAUACGAAAAUAAAAACACUUGAUACCUCUUUUGAUAGUACAGCAAAAAAAGGGGGAAAAAAGUCAUGGGGACAGGAAAUAGGAUAAAAAAGUGUAAAUUUGUCGUAUUUUCUAUAUUUUCCAUAGUAUCAAAAAUGUAUAGAAGUAUCAGUACUUCUGGCAACCUUACUCUCUGCACUGUGAAUAACUACAGUGUUGGUCAGUUGAGUCAGUUUGGAAGCUCACACACAUGCUUGUGUUUUGUACAAUCACAAAUGCAGUGAGCUGUGUUUCAUGUGACAACUGCUUGGCCAGUUAAUGUUUGUCUCAGUUGUCUGUUGUGAAACUAGGUCAGACUGUAUAGAGCUUUUGUCAUUAAAAAAAAUGGUUUGCAUGUGACUGUCCUUGCAGAAAUAUUGCCUGCAGAACGCUGAGCGUAACAUAAUGUACCAUGGACUAUAUAGAAUGUGAACAAUGGUGCUGCUCUCUUAGCUCAUCUUGGAUAUUAAAACUGUUUGGUGUUUU